ACGUGAUUUGUCAAAGGUUUUCAAAACCCUCACUCUGUCGCUUCGCUUGUUCUUCUCAAAGCCGCUAUCAUUUUCAUUUUCCUUUCUAAGAACCCUAAUCCCAAAAUCUCAACCACCCUUUAAAUCUUUUUCACUGAUUCAUCAUAAAGUUUUGUUUUUUCUCAUUCUCCUUCGUGAUUUCUCAUCUGGGUACCCUUUAGUUUUCGCUGAAAUGGUCCCUGCUUCAAGAACGGAAGGUGCUGGUGGCACUGGAACCCACUUGUUGUCUGCUAAAGUCCGUAAAACUAUUCAAUCCAUUAAGGAAAUUGUUGGCAAUCAUUCUGAGGCUGAUAUCUAUGUUGCUCUCAAGGAAACUAACAUGGAUCCUAAUGAAACUACUCAGAAAUUGCUUAACCAAGAUCCAUUCCAUGAAGUGAAGAGAAGGAGAGAUCGAAAGAAGGAGAAUCAGAAUCAUGUGAAUCAGAAUGUAGGGAACAGGGGUUCGAGUGAACCAAGGAGGCAUUCUGACAAUGGUGGUCAAAGAGCGCAAUCCCACAACCCUUCUGAACAUAAUGCUGGGAACAGGGGUUCGGGUGAACCAAGGAGGCAUUCUGAGAAUGUUGGUCAAGGACAGCAAUCCCAAAAAUCUUCUGAACAUAAUGCUGGGAAUAGGGGCUCAGGUGAAGCAAGGAGGCAUUCUGACAAUGGUGGUCAAAGAGCGCAAUCUCACAACCGUUCUGAACAUAAUGUUGGAAACAGGGAUUCGGGUGAACCAAAAAGGCAUACUGAGAAUGGUGGUCAAGGACCGCAAUCCCACAACCCUUCUGAACAUAAUGUUGAGAACAAGGGUUCAAGUGAACCAAGAAGGCAUCCUGAGAAGGGUUCGGGUGAACCGAGAAGGCAUCCUGAGAAGGGUUUGGGUGAACCCAGAAGGCAUCCUGAAAAUGGUGGUCAAGGAAUGCAUUUACACACCCCUGCUGAACAUAGAGUUCGAAGAACAAACUAUUCUCGAAAUCCACCCAGUUACAGCAGAGAGUUCCGUGUUGUCAGAGACAACAGAGUAAAUCAUAUAUAUAAAGAAGUGAAACCUCCUUCACAACAGCACUCACCAUCUACCAGUGAUAAAUUACCUGCAAACACUUCUGAAAAGGGCUCGUCAGCAGCUUCGACCAAUCAAAGGUCAUCUGGGGCUAGAAAUCAGCAGACUCUAAAUGGUCCUUCUGAUUCACAUGCUAGACAUUCAAAAGAUGCUGCCACAAAUGCUAGCGACAAAAAAAUUACAUCUGAUGACAAGCAAGGCUUGAUUUCGAAUGCAUCAGCACGGGUGCAACCAAUUAAGCCCGACAACAUCCAUCAAAAUUCUUCAACAGUGGCUUCAACCAGUUCUGUCGUUGGGGUGUAUUCCUCUUCGACAGAUCCAGUUCAUGUGCCCUCUCCUGAUUCCAGAUCAUCGGGUGUUGUUGGAGCCAUUAGGCGUGAAGUUGGGGUUGUUGGUGUUCGGAGACAGUCUUCUGAUCACAAACCGAAACAGUUGUUUCCUCCUAGUAGUUCUAAUGCUAAUAAUUCUAUUGUUGGAAAAGAUAGUACAUCUGCAGAUUCAUUUCAAUCGGUUGACACCGUCCAAACAACUGAACCACUUAGCCAACCAGCUGUCGGCGUUGUUACCGAACCCUCAUUCUCUGGCAUGUCUGUUAGCAGACCAUCCUUGAACAAUCAGUAUAAUAGUAGGGCACAUCAACAACUUGUGGGACAUCAGAGAGUUUCCCAGCAUAAUAAGGAGUGGAAACCUAAAUCAAGCCAGAAGACAAACAGCAACGGUCCUGGAGUAAUUGGAACACCCAAAAAAACUGUUACAUCUCCAGCUGAAAAUUCUAAAAAUUUAGAAUCAAAAUCAGCACAGCUUCAAGAUCAAAUUUCACAAAUGAGUGUAUACGAGAAUCAAAAUGUGAUCAUCGCACAACAUAUUCGUGUUCCAGAAACUGAUCGCCGUCGGCUGACCUUUGGUACCAUUGGAGUUGCAACAGAGCUUGGUUCUUUGAUGCAUCAAUCUCAGUAUCAAUUAAUAGAAGCUACUGCAAAUUUAAAUGGGGAUUCAGCCACAAGCUUAACAGUACCUGCUUCAGAGUUGUCCACCGACGAUGUUUCUGGGAGCAAGCAGGUGGAUUUACGUGAUGACCACGUUAGAAGUUCCGAGUCCGAAUCUCCAGCAUCCGGUGCUGCUUCUGAGCAACAGUUGCCUGAUAAUAAAGAAUCCUCAAGCUCUCAGAAUCUGGACAAUUAUGGCAAUAUCGGAUUGGUGCGUGAUACAAGUCCAUCCUAUGCUCCAGCAGCACAACAACAAGAUUCUCACAACAUGCCCGGCUUCUCUGCUUACGACCCUCCCACUGGUUAUGAUAUUCCUUAUUUUAGACCUAAUAUGGAUGAAACUGGACGAGCGCAGGUUCUUUCACCACCUCAGGAGGUUAUGAACUCCCACCAUGCUGCCAACAAUGUUCCCACAUCUACAAUCUCGAUGGUGCAACAACAGCAACAGCAACAUCAAGUUGCACAGAUGUAUCCACAAGUUCAUCUUUCACAUUAUGCUAAUCUAAUGCCCUAUCGUCAGUUUCUGUCCCCAGUUUAUGUACCACCCAUGGCUGUGCCUGGAUAUUCAAACAGUGCUCCAUAUCCUCAUCCAACAAACGGCAACAGUUACUUGUUGAUGCCUGGAGGUGGUUCCCAUCUUAAUGCCAACGGCCUUAAAUACGGAGUUCAGCAAUUCAAGCCGGUCCCUGCUGGUAGUCCUUCUGGGUUUCAAAACUUUGCAAAUCCAGGGUAUGCCAUGUUAGCUCCAGGCGUGGUUGGUGGUGCCUCAGCUUUAGAAGAUUCAUCUCGAGUCAAGUACAAAGAUAAUCUUUAUGUCCCAAAUCCUCAGGCUGAGACAUCAGAAAUAUGGUUACAGAAUCCAAGGGAUCUUUCCGGAAUGCAAUCUCCUCAAUACUAUAACAUGCCAGGACAAUCGCCGCACGCUGCUCCAUUCAUGCCUUCACAUGCUGGCCAUGCUAACUUCAAUGCAGCUGCAGCUCAAUCUUCUCACAUGCAGUUUCCCGGCAUGUACCACACUCCUCCACAACAAGCUCCUAUGCCUAGUCCUCAUCAUUUAGGACCAGCAAUGGGAAACAAUGUCGGAGUGGCUGGAGCUGCUCCUGGAGCACAAGUUGGUGCAUAUCAGCAACCUCAAUUGGGCCACCUCAAUUGGACAACAAAUUUCUGAAGGGGGGGAAGGGGAUUAGAAAGAAAAAAAAAAGGCUGAAUUUUAACCGGUUUGUGAAUUUACGGACGGAAGUAGAUAUAGAAAAAUCGCAGUUUUUUUUUUUGUUGUGAAAUGAAUAUCGUAUCGUUUUUCUCUCUCGCUAAUGCAUUGAGCCAUCACAUUAUCAGCGUCCUUUAUAUGCAGUA